GUAAAACCAGUUUCAACUUUGAUGAACUUCAGCGUGACACAAUGCACUUAACGCUUGUGUUGUAAUCCGUAUGUCAGGCGUGCUUCGGGCAACUGGCCUUUUUAUUCACUAUUUCGCACUUCCUUUCAUUUUCUUCCAGUUAUAUUCAAGACAAAUUGCAAAUAAUAUUUGACUUGCCAUUUCAAUUUCAUAAAAUAAAGUUACCACUAAAAACAUUUCUAAUCAAAAGGUUAUUGCGUGCGCUCUGUCGAUAAUGGUUCCCGGCCAAGGAAAAUGUCCAGGGGGCUCACUCAAACGGAUCCAAUAUUGCAGAACCAGAUCACACCUGGUGUGGACGAGACGCGCGCGUGCGCGCGAAGUCCCGGCUGCCGGGCACGCGUCUUGCGCGCCCCCACCCCCCCAGUUGCAGGGAAGGCUGGUGCUGAGCACCCGGUUCCGACUCCACCGCUGCCGGCGCUCGCCUCUGAGCAAUCCGACCUCAGUACGGCCGCUGCACCCACCAGCGGACGAACGAACAGCCAUUCAAUGAACAGCCGCUUAUUUAUCUUCGGUGGGUGGAGGGGGUGUGGGAACAGGAAUAAAAAGCGCUAAGAAUUAACAAGAUAAAGAUAUUUACCGUCUGCUCUCACACGAAAAACCUCGCUGCUAAAAAUCUGGUACGAAAGAAAGAAAAAGCAGUCUGCUGAUGCGCUGCAAUGGUUUAUUCUCAGAUAUCUGGAAUCUGAAAUAAAACUGGGCAUCUUUAAGAAGGACUCCUGUCCGUUUACCCCCCCAGCGCAAACCUUGCCAGAACGGCAAAGAAUUUACAAGGACGCAACCUCCAAACUCUCUCCAGUGAAGAUGGACUCUCCAUUUCAAGUUGAACAAUGAACUUUGUUAGUACCAGCUGUCCAAAUACAUUUCAUUUUACACUUCGUUGUUACAGAUCCUACUGACUUGAAAGGACACAAGUAUACUUUUGGAGAUGUCACGGCAUCACAGCCGGUAUGAGAGGGAUUAUCGCAGUGGCUGGGACUGGCAAGAACGAAUCAACAGUUGUAGCAAUGUAAACAACACCAACUGCACCAGUGGCAUUGCCAACAGUAACAGCAUCACUAACCGACCUGGUCUUCUGCCACUGCCGAUGGUUCCUUCCCACCUGUUAGCUGCAGCCACACCUGUCUCCACCACAGCGAGCAACGAGAUGAUAACAAGCUUAAUGCCCAGCUCUGCUUCCUCUACAACAACAGCUUCUAAGACUUCAAGCACUUCUAAGAUUGACAGUCAGACCCAAGGACAAAUGCUAAAUAAAAGUGUGAGAUGGGGACAAACUCCUAUCAAUCAGUCAACUCCCUGGGACACUGAUGAACCACCAUCCAAACAAAUGAGAGAAAUAGAAAAUGCUGAUCCAACACCAUGGGUACCAUCGGUUGCAGCAGUUGGCCCGCCUGCCCUAAUACCUCCCACAUACGGGAUUGCACAGGCACCAACGUUUGGUGUUCAAGGUCCAGUGAUUGGAGUCACACCCACAAUACCACCUCCAGUUCCCCCUCAGCUUCCACUUAUGACAACACACUAUCAAGUCCAGCAUCACUCACAACCGUUAACCAACAUGGUUGUGAAUCUCCAGAGUCAGCCGUUGUACACAACAAGUCAUCCGAUGACCGUGUCCCCUCUCUCUGGGGUGGGUCAGGUGACUCAGCCUGUUCCUACCACAAUUGGGAAUGGUCACAUGAGUUGCCCCAUGCUGAACCCAUCUACUCUGACUUCAGUAACUCCUCCUAGUAAUGCUCCAAGUGUCAAUGGGCAGGUUGUUUCCCAACUUCCUUUAAACCCACCACAAAUUGAAGAUGACAAGAAUGGUACCCAGAUGUUACGGACUGUUGGGACGGGAAAGUACGAGUUUAUGGACCCUUGGCAUCCAAAAGAAAUGUUGAAGGAGUUGAACCAGCAGCGCAGAGCGAAAGAGUUUACAGACCUGAAAAUAACUGUUGAAGGCAAAGAGUUUGAAGUCCAUCAAAAUGUUCUAGCUUCCUGCAGCUUAUAUUUCAAGGAACUGAUCAAAAGGGCUUCAAAGGAUAACAAGAAUGGACAGAAGCUGGAGUUGACUAUUUCGAACAUAAAUGCAGAUAUCCUGGAAAUGCUACUGGAAUUUGUUUAUACUGGUUCACUUAUCAUCAAUUCCGGAAAUGCUAAAACCCUGCUGGAAGCUGCCAGUAAAUUUCAGUUCCGAACCUUCUGCAAAGUUUGUGUUUCAUUUUUAGAGAAACAACUAACAGCUACCAACUGCCUAGGAAUCCUUGCCAUGGCUAAAGCCAUGCAGUGUAAUGAACUGCACAGUAUGGCAAAAGCCUAUGCCCUGCAAAAUUUUCCAGAAGUAACAGCUCAAGAUGAAGUUCUGAACAUCUCAAAAGAAGACCUUAUUGCUUUUCUUUCUAAUGACGGCCUGAACACAAAGGCUGAAGAGCUUGUGUAUGAGGCGGUGAUUAAAUGGAUUAAGAAGGACCCAUUGAACCGAACACAGCAUGUGUCAGAGCUGUUGGCUGUGGUCCGUCUGCCCUUUAUUCAUCCAAGCUAUCUGCUGAACGUUGUUGACAAUGAGGAGUUGAUAAAGUCCUCAGAGGCUUGCCGAGACUUGGUAAAUGAAGCGAAACGCUAUCACAUGUUACCACAUGCACGACAGGAAAUGCAGACACCUCGAACACGGCCAAGGCUAUCUGCAGGUGUGGCUGAAGUAAUUGUCCUGGUCGGUGGUCGUCAGAUGAUUGGAAUGAGCCAACGAGAUCUCACAGCUGUCAACUGCUUUAACCCACAGACCAACAAGUGGUACCCAUUAGCCAGUCUACCGUUCUAUGAUAGAGAGUUCUUCAGUGUUGUGAGUGCAGGAGACAACAUCUAUUUAUCAGGUGGCAUGGAGUCUGGUGUCACCCUUGCUGAUGUUUGGUGUUACAUGUCCCUCCUGGAUAACUGGAACCUGGUUUCACGAAUGACUGUGCCGAGGUGUCGACAUAAUAGCCUAGUGUAUGAUGGGAAAAUUUACACUCUUGGCGGCAUUGGUGCAUCUGGAAAUCUCAAUCAUGUGGAAAGGUAUGAUACAAUUACCAAUCAGUGGGAAACAGUGGCUCCUCUUCCCAAAGCUGUGCAUUCUGCAGCUGCAACUGUGUGCGGAGGCAAAAUCUACGUGUUUGGCGGUGUGAAUGAGUCAGGACGGGCCGCUGGUGUUCUGCAAUCAUAUGUCCUUCAAACAAACACAUGGACUUUCAUUGAAUCUCCUAUGAUAGAUAACAAGUACGCUCCUGCAGUCACUCUCAAUGGUUUUGUCUUUAUUCUUGGAGGUGCCUAUGCCAGAGCAACUACCAUAUAUGAUCCUGACAAAGGGAAUAUCAAAGCGGGACCAAACAUGAAUCACUCCAGACAAUUCUGCAGUGCCGUGGUCCUGGAUGGGAAAAUCUAUGCUACAGGAGGGAUAGUCAGCAGUGAAGGACCUGCACUGGGAAAUAUGGAAACAUAUGAUCCCCGCACUAACGGUUGGACACUCCUGCCAAACAUGCCUUGCCCAGUGUUCAGGCAUGGGUGUGUAGUCAUUAAAAAGUACAUUCAAAGUGGUUAACACUGUGACAUGAUAUCAGUUCUUGAAUUGUUUUAUCCUGCUGCAGCAGUGUACUAAAACAAUGAAUAUGUUGCUCUUUACCAUCUACAUUCAACGUAGAUUCCACAGUCACCAUUAGGUGAGAUAGGGUAAAAGUCCCUAUGGAUGUAUUAUAGUAUAACUUCUAGUAGUGUCACAAGACAUGGCACUGUUUUAGAUAUUGGGCAAUUCGGGUAAGAAUGCCUGUUUUAUAACAAUCAUCUGUUUUGCUUUCAAACAGUUUACCUUUAUAUUGUUAUGGCCAUUUAGAAGGUAAAUCGGUUUGUAGAGUGUAACAACUGCAGUACCAGAGUAGCAGCAUGUAAACAGCUCACCAAAAGCAAAUUGCAGUCCCACAGAGCACAAGAAAUCCUAAGAAUGUGCUGAAGAUUUCAAGCACUACAUCGUACAGAGGGACCUGACCAAAAGGGAGCUUGGAUAGUUCCGUACAUCGGGUGUAUCUGAAAUGAACAGAAGCAGAAGCUACACUGAAAGUCAUGCAGUUUCCAAACCAAAUCUAGAAAAAUAAAAGCAAAUCAAGAGGCAAUUCCCUUCACCUGCAAAAGCAGUAAAAUUUAAAAAAAUUUUGGAAAGAAUCUAUAUUUGAAAGAAGGAAUUUUAGAUCCACUUUGUUUUAUUAUCAGUGGUGCCACUUGGUGGUGAUUUUAAACAACUUUUAGAGAUGUGUGAUACUGUCAUUCAGGUAGUUACUGAGCAGAAGUCAUAAGACUAAAUUUAUUAGUUUUCAAGAGGGUGUACCUACAAAGUCUUAUGUUUUGAUUUGUGCUGGAUUUUUCCAUAUAUGAUAUCAUACCAUAGAUGAUAUAAAGCAAAGUUCCAGCAUUAUGGUAAAUAUGAACUGAUCUGGUAUUUGUUUCUGCCAUUACUUUUACAGCAUCCAAUAUAGUGCAAUUCAGAUGGAGAUAUUUCCCUUAUUUUGACAUGAUGCAUUUUAAGCUAAUAAACAAAAGUAUCUGAUCAUUAUAGAUUUAUUUUACUAAAAAUUACAGAAUAUUCUAAUAGUUAUUUUAGGAAGGUAAGAUAUUUUAUCCUAGUAAACCCCUACUAAAAUUAAAAUUUAAUGAUCACAAUUACUUCUUACAUUUCAUGCAAUAGUGGAGUUCAGGUCAGGACGGAUCAUGAAAUGUUGAAGAAUUUAUAUCUGGUUUUAAUAGAAAGUUAUAGGACUAAACAAAAACAUCAAUUGCACAGUAGCUAAUAGAACUGAGUAAUAUACGCUAUUAAAGAUGGAAGUCAAACUAACUUGUGGCAUUUUGGAUAGCUACAUAACGUGUACAUCUCUGUGAUACAGAUUAGGUUUCUUAUAUAAAUUUAGUAUGACACAUAUCAGCUUCAGCUCUUCCAUGUGUACUAUAAGGAAAUUAUCUAUAUGGUCACGUAUUAAGUAGUAUCUUAAGUUUCAACCCUAUGAGUAAUUAAUAUACCAUGUACAGCAGUUCAAAGUAAACUUCAAAAUAAAGCCACAUUUUUUCAUUAGCAGUGAGUAUCUAGAACUAUGGACCAAAUAUACUUAUGUACAGUAUUUUCUGACUAUUGUAAUCUUAUUUAAUAAAUUAUUAGGAUAUUUUUAACCAUGUUGCUUUGGGCCAUAUCUAAAGUAUUCCCAGCUCAACCUAUAUGCAAAUUAAAUAAAUCAAAAUUUUAACAUACAACACACAUCAUAUAAUGAGAUAAAAUCCUUGAAAUUAAUGAUGUUUUCUGGCAGAUAAUGUAAUGCAGAAAGUCCAUUCGCAUUUAAGAUAGAGGUCUUUUGACAUUAAGGAAGUAUUUUGUAGAUUUUGUACAUUCUUAAUUUGCAUUAUCAAUUAAAGUAUCCAUUGAAACUCAUUAUUAAAAUUCUACUUAACAAACAUUUUUACUCAUCCAUUCUGGAAGAACUUGGGAGAAUUGGUCACAACCCUCAUUUCAUUUAUGCAUAACAUGUAUAACCUUUCCAUUUGUAUAGGCAAAUAGUUCUGUAAAGCAAUGUAAAACCUUCAAUUUAAGUUUCUCAUUCAAGUUACUGGCAGUUAAUAAUCAUCUCUUCCAUAGUUGUGUUAUCAUAUAAUUAUUGACAUCCGCCAAGUGUUGAAUAUAGUGCAGAAUGCAGUAUUUCACUUUUAUUCCAUAGUGCACAAUCUCACACAAAUAAAAUGUUUAUCUCAAAGUUUGCCAACUUCUCAAUUCACAAAUAUCGCAUUCUUAAAGCAUAGCUCUAGUGUAUAUGUUACAUUAUUUAAAAUAGGAUACUCCGAAAUCCAUCCAGAACUAGUCAAUCCUAGACUCAUCAAAUUGCUACAAAACCACGAGUUUGUGUAGCUUUAGUAACAGACCAUGCCAAAUUUCUUAAAAUUUCUCAUGUUGAGAGAUUGCCAGUACCAAAAUAUUAUUGGCAUAUUUGCGAACUGUGUUAAAGUAGCUGGUGAUAAGGUAGUAAGGUCAGCCCAGAGAUCCCAGUGUCAUACAAUGUUUGAACAAAUGUUAGUUCCAUUGAUACUAUGUAUUCAUGAAGCAGUGAAAAUAAAGUAUAUGGAUUUAUUUCCUCUUUUCCCCACUUCCCAUUCGCCUAAAACACAACAAUUCAGAGAAAAAUCCUGAAUUGUAUCUCGUAAUCAAACCCCAGCAGCAAAUUUUAUAUAAAUUUUCGAUUUGUAGAAAGGAAUGCAUUUCACUUAUUUCAAAGGUCAAAGGCUAACUUUGAUGGUUCCUUGCAUCCAUGCAUCUUUGCCAAUACCUUGCUUAAAAAUCCUUUGGAGGAAUAAUCAUUGAAGCUCAUUUGCAUGUGCAUCUAGGACAGGGCUCAAUGAGGUUGUAGGAGAGAGAGUAUGCAAAAUCAGUACAUGGGGAAAUGCUCAUGCUAAACAUUACUGCUCAUCUAAAUUAAGCCACAAGGUGCAAUAAUAAUUUUGGCAGAUAGGACUUAACAGCUGAUGUUCAGAGAUGCCAAAUUGUAGCUUAAGUCUGGCAUAUUUUGAUAUGCUACCUUAGUUUACAGAGAAUGAAAAUAAUAAAUGAACUUCCUAGGUGGAGUUACUUUGAUUCUUAAAAUGAUAUGCAAUCAACAACUAUACCUUCACACUCCACUGAGACACUUAACAUUAACAUUCACAUUCAUCAUGCAGACCUUCUCUGGGUGGUUAUUAGUAGUUUCUGGGAAGAAAUAAAAUUUAACCUACUUUUAGAUGUGCAGGCACGUACGUUGAAAGAUCCAACCAUGCAGAGCACUGACCAUUUGUGACAGUAAUGUUUUCAAAAGUGAAGUUUUCCAAAUUUAGUCUUCAGCCCUGGGGUAUGGAAUGGUACACAUAAUUAAAAAACAGGAAUUCAGCCCUACCUGGCAUAUUCUUCUAUAAAUACUAUUUGCAUUCUUCCCAAAUGCCAUUCAUUGGGUAGAAAAGAAAAUGUAUUCUUAACAAAUCUUAUUCAGCAAUAAACUAACCAACUCACUCAAGAGAACAUUGACAGGAUGGCAGAUACAAAAUUGGAAGAAUUACAUAGUUAUGCAGUAAAACAUUUUCUGAAGUCUAUUAUUUGUUAUGGAAUAUAAAGGGGCUUGAAGUUAUUUCUUGAUACAUGUCAACCAAAGAUGAAAAGGAUUUGUUCCCCAAGAACAUUCUCUCUCACUUGAUUUGAAAUAAAAGAGCAAAGAGAAAAUACCACAACUAACCAUUCUGUAUUUUACUUAGCAUCUGCAUCUACAUAUAGUAAAAUGGCAUUGAGCUCAAAGGUGGUAUUGUAUUAGUACUGAAGUAAAGUGGACUGCACAUAAUUUUAAUGAAAUAUAAGUUUUCCUUGACUCAAACAUUGGUGGCAAGAUCACAUGGAAAUGAACCCCCCCUUUCAAAAUCAGCAUUUUAUUGCCUCUCAGAACAUCACAUAGCUAAGGAUCCACAGUAUUUCAAGCACUAAAGUGAAUGCUAAGCAGAUUCAUGACACAGAAUUGAAAAAGUCCUUAAUUGUAUUAUCACAAAACCUAUACUACUGUAGAAUGCUUAGCCUUCCAAUUGCAGUCUCUAAUUUUCUUUUCACAGUGUGGAGGAUGAAAUGGGAUUUUGCAACCCUACUGUCAUUGUCAGCCACAAAUACUUAAAACUGAUGCUCUUCAGGUGAUCUAGUUCUGCACUACAGGAUAAAUUUCAAGUUCAGGUUUCUGCCACCUCUCCCCUUCUUAAAGUGCAGCACUAAAGCAGCAAAAUAGUUAUUUAGUCAUUUCUUUAGAAACAAUACAAAAAGUUCCCCAUUCUGAAGGAAUCAAACAGAAAUGGACAGUUAAAAGAGAAAUGUUAUUUGUUUGACCUUCAAAGUAUAUUUAUCAUUUGCAGUGAAAAAGCACAAUAAUGCAGUGAAGAAAGUAACAGUGCAUCAGAGAUGUUUCAUUUCUCAAUUGCAGUAAAACGUAACUAGAAUGUUUUCAAUAAGUCUGUAGAAAAGAUUUUUUUGCAUUUAGUGUAAGUAGAAAUGACUAUUAAAUUAUACCAUAUACUUCAUUUUUGUAUGCAAUAAAGUGAAAUAUUCAUUUAGAUAUUGUGUUAUAUACUUUCUAUAAAAUUUUCUGUUAAUGCAGAAACAUACUUUGGGACUGUUACUUCUAGUGUUGAUACACAAGUUCUACUUGAGUUUCUUUACAUUUUACCUCACUUCAUGAUAGCAGUCGUUCCUACUGAUCCUCUCCCCCUCAUAACCUUCUCCUUAAAGCACUCUGUGAUUUGACUCAGUUGACUCAUUUGGUAAUACGUUCCACAUUCCAAUCGGCUAUGGACAGAGUUUUCAUACCUUACAGACCCCUUCUGUCAGACUUCGGAGUAAUUUUAAAGACUUUUCCUGGGUUACUCCAUAGCCAUUUUCCCCCUAAAAUUUAGAAAUUGUUCUGUCUCUUAUUUCAUGGAUCUUAGCUAUUUUAAAAUAUGGAUAUUAUGUAUAAAUUUGAAAUAACUUAAGAUGAAGGUUUAAUGGGUUUUUUCCCUCAUAGGUAUUACCUGGUGAGCACUUGCAGCAUUAUGUUUUAUUUUAAAUAAUUCAACUGUUUUUCAGUUUUGUUCCUUUGGAAGUGGACCCCAUUGCUUUUAGUUUCUUUCAAAACAAUCUGUUAAUCUAUGUUGUUAGUUUUAAUGGUUUCCAAAUCUAUGUUCCAGAUUCCCUUUGGUCUUUUACAUUGUAAAAAGUGUACAAUUUUCUACCUACUACCAAAUUGCACCAUUCUACACUGAUCUACAGUGCAUUUAAAUUCAUUUGGGAACUAUAUCACAAACUUCCUUUUUUUAAAAAUUUUCUUUCCAAUUUAGUUUCACUGAUAAAUUUUGAAAAUGUAUUUCCAUCCACAAAUAAUUCUAGAGUAGGUCUAGAAAAGGAAAAAAAAGUAACUGAUGAAAUCAAGAUAAAAGGACAUAAAUUUAGCUGAAGUGAUGAAACACUGAAAUAAAGAAUAUCAAAAUCAUAUUUAUUUUCACUGACAUAUUGUGCAAUUUGUAGUUUUGUGGCAUCAAUAUCACA